AUGAUUUUGGAAAACUUCCGCUAGACGUUGGAAUACUAUUUUUCUAGCAUCUUCCAAAAAGUUUCGUGGGUCAAUAUGCUCGGUGUUGAUUAUAAUUCCUGUAGUUAUCCGGUUAUGGAAAGCUGAUUCUACGUCCUCCCAGAUAAAAGAUGACAAUGCGUGUGAUUCAGCACCUGUUCUCCCUUGACCUUCACCUAUUUUUACAGAUCUGAGUAACUCUGCUCUUAACGAUUUAAAUCUCGCUAUCCUGGCUGUUAAACCAUUUUUCAAACCAGUUCAUAAGUCCUUUUCGAGUUGCAAUCGCUCUAUCAUUAAACAAUGCAUUGAUUGCUGUUCGAAAAUGUAACUCCUACCGCCUUCACACGGACCGCGGCAGCACUCUACAGCGCGACCGGCAGCCACCUUGGAUGCCGGUCGGGCCGACCAAUCAGCAUGCGUUACGUCAGCGAGAAGAAAGCCAACGGUUCUCGCUGCGACGAGGCCGGUUGAGCGGCCAUUAUCGUUCUGUUUCUAGUAGAAGCUACCACGUGCGAAAUAGUAAUUCCGAACUCUCAUACUUUUGUAUCGAUCUCAAGCGCAAAAAUCUCGAAAAUUACUCGCGAUAACAGUGCCGACGGCCUACGCGACUGCGUGAGUUUGUAAUCUCGCUAAAUCCACGAAAUAAAUAUAAUUUCGUGGUGGCCACGUGUUGCGCCAACACGUGGUUUUUUACACAGCUCGAUGUUUCGCGGCAUUGUAACCAGAUCGCGGAACUAAGCUGACGUCCAACUUCAACCUCAUGUACUUGACAAUCAAAUAGUAUUAACCAUUGAAAGCAAUAAAUUCACCGUAAUUCACAGUCCCGUUACGUCUAUAUUUACUUUAUAAAGAUUGUAACAACGGUAAAGUCAUAAACCAAUGAAUUAUUACACCAAUUAGAAGCACGGUUGGUCAUGCUCAAUAACGUAGUUUUUAGCUAUUAGAAAAGGUCUUAAGCUGGUCGGAGUGGAGUUUGUCACGUAUCGAAGUAAUUAUCGUGUCAAACGUAAAGAUCCAAUAUUCACCAGAUCCUCUUCAGGACAAGGCCCGUAAAUUCAGUACACUCUGUUCGGAGAUUUGUAUUGUAUUCGAGCUCGCGGCAAGCAAUUUACAAUCUUUACGGGCUUUUCCUACGUUUUUUGUGCAUGAGUCGUAGCCAAUUCAAACAAAGGCUCAAACCUUUCUGUUGGCUCGGCUUAGCUUUCUUUCAUGCCUGCGCCUCCGAGUUCCAAACAGCCCCCUUCUGCUGUGCACGUGUCACUGCGAGUCAUACUGACCCAACAACGAUCAUGAACCGUCACUGCGCUCUGCUUCAAGGCACCACCGGUCACCAUGACCAUAUAUCAAACCCACACAGAGGUUUCUGAGCCCACAGUCGCCCUUGCCUUGAAGUUACCGCCGGUUCUGUGCAAACACGCACCUUAAGACCCCCACGUGCAUCGCAGCUGUUGGGCGUUUUGUCGGGCCUACAUGGCACUUGUCCAGCGAGCUGAUUUGCUGAACACUUCGACCUAUUGCCAUUAGUUAAACCCCAAACGUUUACUAAUUGGUCACUUUUGGUAAACGCCUCUCUCGCUGGGCUCUCUCUGCGGCUUCUAGAAAAGCGUCUUGGAACUUGGAGGGGACUGAAUUCGGCAGUCUUUUACAGAACUUGAACAAGAACAGUUCUUAGACAGCUCUCCUGAGCAAUCGGUCAGCACUCGUUAACUUAAUAGUUACACUCCGACCUAGCUAUAUAAGCUCUGUUUAAACCACAUUCAAACAUUCACACAUCUGAACAAUUGUACAACACACAACGAAGUAAACGCUUUAACAGUAAAAUAUCUUGAAGUUAAUAUCCUUAUCAUUGUAAGAAAUAAUAAGGAAGUGCGACACGUCGCGGUGUAGUAACCCGCGUCAUACCAAACGGUUCGAUAAUUACACCGCGGAUUCGCGCUGAAACAUUGGUCCUUCGAGCCGGAUACCCGGAUUAUCAGUGCAAUACAGUGCAAGAAACAGGAGUGAGUGUCACUUAGUGCCACAUUUGGAUUAAGUGUCAGUGACGGCAACAAACAUUGGAACACAGUGAGUGUCCUCGUUCGCGAGGACCUAUUUGGACGCUAAACGGAUUACAACGCAGUAAUCGGUGAAACAACAAGGUAGGAUCGUUUGUUUGUACCAUUCGUCAAAGUUCCACCUUACUCGCAUCACGAUGCCGAACAAUUCCGCGAGCUCUAGCCACGCGCAAACCGCUACACGAGGUUCAAAUAUUAGUACGUUGCGACGAAAACGCGGAAACAUUAUCGGGCAGAUUUCCUCACUGACGACCUUCCUUGACUACUACGAAGAGUCUGAUUCGCGCGACACAUUCCUGUUACAAACUCAUCUAAAUGUUCUCAACGUGUCAUGGAAGAAAUUCGAUGAUAUUCAAUUUUGUAUUGAAGAAUUAGAUGAGUCUGAAGGUGCGCGUCGGUACGAGAUCCAGAACAACUAUUGUUCCGCUACAUCUAGAGCGAAUCGUCUAUUACACAAUGGACAACCGACAGAUUCCGCGACACGUGGUAUCAACUCGUCACCGGCGUCAUCUACAUCGGCACCGAUGAUGAUUGAAUUGCCCGAAAUGCGGUUACCGACGUUCGACGGUGCAAUUGAAGGAUGGGCCUCGUUUUACAAUAUCUUUUCGUCUACGAUUGACCGUAACGAGGAUUUGACUCCGGUACAAAAUUUGCAAUACCUAAGAUCAACCCUUACCGAUAAGGCGGCCGCAUGCAUUCAAGCAUUAAGCACCACCGAUGCGAAUUAUAGAGACGCCACCGACUUGUUACGACAAAAGUUCGAUUGUCCCCGCCGCAUCAUUUUGGGACAUUGUGAUGCAAUUCGCGAUAUCCCAAAACUCGUCAAAGAUUCACCAGAAGCAUUGGGCAAUUUGGUGGACACUAUGAAUCAGCAUCUUUGCGCGUUGAUGAAUUUAGGUGAAGAUGUAUUAGCCUGGAAUAGCGUCCUUUUGUCAAUUAUCCUGUCGAAAAUAAAUUCGAACACUGUUUGGCAUUGGGAGCUCUCGUUGAAGGAUAAACGCAAGGUACCACCCUACACAGACUUGCUAGAAUUCCUGGAAAAACGGACAAAUUGCGCGCUGAUGUCAAGCGCGAAAGCUCCACCGCCCGAACGACCUGUAGCGGGUCACUCAGGAAAUUUGCGAACUCCUAAACACCGACCAUCACGAGGUCACGCCUUCUUAGCCGCGAAGUCUCGUCAUCAUCCGUAUGACGAACGUAGACCGAGGAAUAAAACGACCAUAACGAACCCGCUGAGGCGGUGUCCAAUUUGCAACGACGAUCACGGCAUUUGUACUUGUGAGAAGUUCCACGGACUACCAGCGCAUGAGAGGAUCACAGCCUUUCGGAAGACAACAUUGUGUCAGAAUUGCUUCAGGGACGAGCACAGCGCUGACACCUGUACCAGCAGCACCUGUCGCAUCUGCCACCGGUAGCACCACACCUUACUGCACCAACCAGUCAGGACCGCAGAACCAGCG